AUGCAGCGGCUCGGCGGGCUUCUCCUGCCGCUGAUUGGCUCCGCGGGGGCUGCUGGGCCUGCCGUAGCGCGAUCGAAGGCCUCUGAAGCAGAAGAGGUGUUGCGGAAGGCGGAGUGGCCGGCGCAGUUCCCCUUCUCCGCGGAGGACUUCAAGCGCUACGACGAGACGCCAGACACGGUGUUCUACUCCAUGCCGCGCUUCGUCACCAUCGCCAUCGCCAACGGCAAGUUCUACACGCUGACAACUGGGGCGAAUGAGCGCCGCUGGAGCAAGGUGGAUGAGAAGCUUCGCACAGUGGUGGCAUCGUUUGUCACUCUAUACACUUAG